AUGCCGGAGACGUACGAAUUCAUCGUGGUGGGCGCUGGCGCUGCUGGUGCUGUCCUUGCGGCGCACCUUGCACAUAGCAAGAAGGCACCUUCUGUCCUUCUCAUAGAAGCCGGGGGAAAGAAUGAUUCGAAAGCGAAUCGUGUCGAUGCAGAAAGGUGGCUUCACCGGAUGAUUCCAGCGCAAAAUUGGGGGUACAAGACUGUUCCUAUCAAAGGCUUCGACGGGAGUGUCAUCGAGUAUGACCGUGGUAAAGGGCUCGGAGGCAGUACCUCUAUCAACUUCAGCGUCUGGACAAUUGGACCUCGGGAUGACCAUGACGAGAUUGCACAUCUGGUUGGCGACGAUGAAUGGGCCUGGGAAAACGCGAAACAACGAUACAAGAGACUGGAGAGCUACCACGCCUCGUCGCCGGAUAUUCCCGAUGACUGCAAAAAGUACCUAGACCCCAAGCCUGAAGACCACGGCUUCAAUGGCCCGAUCCACGUCGGCUUCCCCAGAAUAUGGGAACGAACUUUCCAUUCUCUGAUGGAACUAUGGCUUGCACAUGGCACGGAGCCCAAUCUAGAUCACAAUUCUGGUGACCCUAUUGGUCUUUCCAUCUGUGCUUCGACGGCAUACAAAGGAGUCCGUUCCACCUCGGCCGAUGCUUUGAUAGGAGCCCCUUCCAAUCUGGAGAUUCUUGUCGAUACUGAGGUGUGUCGUGUUUUGUUCGAUGGCAGCAAAGCCGUUGGAGUUGAGACCUUUGAUGGCCGUAAGUUCUAUGCCAGUAAAGAAAUCAUCCUCUCCGCCGGCGCUCAGGACACUCCACGGAUUCUCAUGCACUCGGGUAUAGGGCCGGCGGACCAGCUUGGCAGCUUCAAUAUCCCUGUUGUGAAGGCCAACUCGAACGUGGGACAGCACAUGAAAGACCACCAUCAUGUCAUGCUGAGUUUUGAGAGGGCUGAUCACACUACAGACCGACACAGAUUCUACAAGAGCAAAGAGCUUCAGGCAGACGCGAGAGCGCAGUGGGAAAGAGACGGCACGGGGCCUCUGUCAGAAUAUGGCUGUGCUCUUGGGCUGGCAUAUCUCAAGCUUGACGGCAUCUACGCGACUGAGGAGUUUCAGAAACUGCCAGAGAGUCAGAAACAGUUCCUGCAAAAGCCAACCAUUCCCCAUUACGAGGUGCUCUUGAACGUGGCCCAUACCCCUUACUUCCUCGACCCAGAGAAUGCGGCCGCAGGCACAACGGUGUUUCUGUUUCUCCUCAACCAACAAUCCACUGGCACUGUGACUUUACGAUCCUCCGAUCCCAAGGUGCCUCUGGUCUUCGACCCCAACUAUUUCUCUCACCCUUUUGAUCGAAGACUUGCAGUUGAACUCACACGAGAGGUGUGUAAGGUUUUCAAGAACCCCAAGUUCACCGAGCAUACGACUGCCCAUCUACUUACUCCGAAGAGCGAGUCGGAAGAGGACAUUAUCGACUUCUGGAAAAGGAACUCGUCGAGCACGUGGCACAUGAUGGGAACAGCCCGAAUGGGUCGGGACGAGAAGGAUUCAGUAGUGGACAGAGACUUCAAGGUCUUUGGCGUCGAAAAGCUGCGCGUGGCAGACAUGAGUGUGAUUCCAAUUGUUGCUAACAACCACAUUCAGAGCACGGCCUAUCUCACAGGUCUCACUGCGGCCGAUAAACUGGUUGCCGAGUACAGGCUGGACGUGUUGUAG